GUAACUGCAGCCACGCGAUGACUACAGUUUGAGGAGUGAGUGAGGUAAAGGGAGACGGAGGAGUGGAGAGACUGAGACACACCUCACACAUUGGAGAUUGGUUUGGUUCACUGUGCAGCCCUCAAAGAAGGCAGAGUGUGAGCGGACGAGCCCAGGAUCUGCGUGGCUCCACUGCUUUCUCUGCCUGUAAAGUGUGCCGAGCGCCGCUCCGCUCCGCGCUGCCUGUGUGUCUCGCUGCCUGCCUCUCACAGCUGAGACAUACUGGGAGAGACUCGCUACAGUCAUGAGGCUUUCCCUUGUAUUGGCUCCACAGCAUUACUCUUGAGGUGUGCUCUGUUCUGGUGCCAGAUCGGUGAUGCACAAUGAGGGGGAAGAGAUGAGCCUGCAGCCAGCAGUCCUGUCCCUGCAGUUCCUGCCCCUGGACAUUUACUGAUUCAUACAACCCAGAGGACGAUGCCCCUGUCUCCCAGAUAGCACUUCUGAGGACCAGGCCUUCACCGCACGCAUUGUGCAUCAUGGCAGGAGAGACUCAGCGAAUGCACGCUGUCAAAGAGCUGGACGCUGAGUCCAAACUGCAGGAUGAGGGGACAGCACUGGAACAGCAGAGUGACAAAACCACAAAGGAGUCCUCAGAGCACUUUUCAACCACAGGCACUGAAGCCAGAGCCAACAGCAGAGGGGCCAAAGUUGAAAAAGUAGAGAAGAAAAGGGACUGUCCUCAGCAGCGUGAGGCUGUCAUACGGCCACAGCAAGCAGGGAAAAUUGACUUCAGAUCACUGCAGAACAGACCAAAAUUUGCCACUGACAGGACUUGGUCCAGUGGCAAAGGCAGCCCCCAGUCCCCGAACGGAAAGGGCCGCAGCCGAGAGAAGGGGAAGCGGUCGGGAAAGGCAGAGCGUGGCAACCCGCAACAGCUGUACAGACUUAGCAUUACAAAUCCACGCUCCAACAACCCCAUUGGCAUUGCCUACCCACAGCAGAAGGUAACGCCACCCAAGAAGUUGGAGACCAGUCGUGGCCCACUCUUGGGCAGCUACAGAUUCCACGUCCCCAGUAUCCCGGAGAGAGAGGCCGAACUACAGCAAGAAGAGCUCAACUAUAGCCGCUGCUUCCAGGAGGCCUCCUCUAACCUUGCCACCCCAAGCUAUACCUCACAGGCACUGGUUUCCUCAAGUGCAACAUCAUCCCACCCACAUCAGCCUCUGUCACAGCAGCAGCAGCAGCAGCAGCAGCAGCAGCAGCCUGCCUCAAUGGAGAACAGCAGCACACAGCCGGGCAGCCAGCUGAUGUUGACCGACUUUCAGCUGAGUGGCUCUGGUGCAUGGCAAUCUCCUGAAAGGAUUUUUAAUGGUGCUAACUAUGGGAUUUCGUCACAGAAGUCCUCCUCCCUUACAGAAGCCAGUAAGGCAAGUGCCUUUGUAUCUGGUCCUUUUCAAUAUGGAUAUAAUUUUCUGGAGGAAUCGACCUCUGACUCUUUUUCCUGUGAACAGAACACGCAAUCACAAGACUUUACAGACUCCUCCAUAGGGACAGUUCACGUGACUCACAACUCAUUUUCCUUUGCACCCGGAGACGGACAAAACAUGGCUCAAAACAGCACUCAGUUCAGUAAUGAGCAGCAAUCUGAGGACGGAAGCUCUUAUUCUCACUCUCCACAGUCACAGUACAUUCAAGGGGUAGCAUCCUCCAUCCAGUGUCCUAGGAGUCUGAGUGAGGACUCAGCCAGCAGUGACAGCUCUGGCUCCGGCUCGCAGCAGACGGAGCAGGGGAAGACUUCCCUGUCUGAGAGCACAGACACUAACGGACAGGCAGACAGUCGGGAUGCAGCAAUCACCUCGGGGAAUAAGAAGAACUGCCACCCUAAAGACACGGCUGCCAACCAGAGGACAUUCAUACAAGGAAGUGUGCACCAUGCAAGAAAUACUUCACAAGGUCCAGGCUCCCACAUGCACUUUUCCAGCAAAACAUUUAACAGCCCCUCAGUCAAUAACAUUCACAAAGGCUCACUGCCUUUUGAUAAAAACCUUAAUAAUAAGGUUCUUAAUAGGUUGCCACACUCCUGGGAAGGACCUAGUAAGACAUAUUCACCAGCUGAUCAAAACACAAUUCAGUAUUCUGACAUGAAUGAUAAAUUUCACUUUCAGGAGCAGCCAGCACUUGACCAAAGGCCAAAUUCAUCUAAAAAUAGCAGAAUAUCCUGGCAGCAGAUUCAAAACCAAAACAGAGUCGAGUUAUCGAGGCAAAUAAGCAAUCAAAAAUCGGCCUACAUUGUUUCCCCCUCUGACUGGCAGGAUGACAGUAAAUCACAUAAACACAGCUCACUGAAAAACCCAAGCUCAUUUCAGAACAGCAGAACUAGUGAUGGGUUUUCAAACCAAAGACAGGAGACUGUAAAACACAGUAGUAACACAGUCUCAACUUUUAAAGUAGAGAUGAACCACACACAAGUAUGUGAGUCAAAAAAUAAGGCUGUUUACUUUGGACACAACCAGUCUCUUCCAGUUGCAUCAAGAAACUACAGCUAUCCACCAUUACAGGUCCCACCUAUGGGACUUAUGAUGGUGUCACCUUAUGAAUCCCCUUUGCCCUCCCCAGUUCAUAACCAUGCGUCCAGUAGUACCUGCUCUUCCCUCUCCCCAGCAUCCACCAGCCCUGUCAACAUCAGUUCAGAGGACAGUCAAAUGUCAAAGUCAGCACCUCCGCACACAUUCUACCACCAGCCCCAAGCCAAAACUCAGCACCAGUUUCAUUCUGAUGCUUCACGAAACCUUGCGUAUGCACCAGACAGAUUAAAAGAUGACAUGAUGAGCUACCUGCAAAACAGCACACAUCCAAAGACAACAAUGGAUGGAAACAAAGGUUACAUGGACAGUUUCGGUGUGGAGCAUCACCAGCCUCCGCCACCAUACUCUGCACAUCAGCUGUUACCCAUCUCAUUAGCCACAGCAAAUCUUGACCAGUUAGACGUGCUUCUUACAUGCAAGCAGUGUGAUCAGAAUUUCAAUAACCUGGCUUCAUUUCUGGGCCAUAAGCAAUACUGUGCUCAACACACAUUUGCACAAAAUGACCUCAAAGAUAUUUCAAAGAUGGAGGACAGCAGGAAGUUCAAUGCAGAACCAUCAAAAGCAGUGCCAUCUGUGUCAAAUGUUUCAAUGGCCAGGUGCCCAUCUGAACUUCACCUUACCCUGUUGGGGCUCAAUAAAAAUGGAGAGCUGAUAUCUGACAGUGAAACAAAAGGAGACAGUAAGGAUGAUCCCAUGAAACUCAACUUGUUCUCUGGUCCUAGUAAUAUCCCUGUCACUCUCCCUGAGUUGGAAAUGGAGGACGCCAAAUUAGACAGCCUAAUCACAGAAGCCUUGAAUGGACUGAGCUAUCAGUCAGACAAUGUAGAGAUAGACAGCAGCUUCAUCGAUGCAUUUGCUGAUGAUGACCUCACCACUGUCAAAGCACCAAACAAACAAUGUCCGAAAACCAAAGAAUCCCUGGUGUUUGAGAGCAAAAGUAAACAAGCAACAGGUGAUGGACGGCCUUCCCCACAGGGAAAGUAUUUUUAUGACUCUGAUGUUGAGAGCCCUGAGACCGGCAAACAGUACGCAGAAAGCAAACUUGAGAAAAUAUCUCUGAAUUUGGAACAGGAUGAGAAGAUUAACAUAAAAAAAGAAGUCUCUCAGAAAAACUCAAGAAUUGCCUCAAGGGAGAAGACAAAGGAACAAGACAGCAAAGUGAAAGAGGCAGAAAAACUAUGCAAGAGUGAGGAUGAAAACCCAAGCACACAAAGGUUUCUCUUAUCCAGCAAGAUGACUGAAUGGUGUGGUGGUAAAAGCUUUCAGGACAGCUCUGCACUUCGAGGGUCAACACCCUCAAAGGUCUCUACAUCCCCAACCUCAAGAACUGCAAUGAAAGAGAGCAAGAGGAAAAGCUCUGGAGGGGGCACCUGGAGCAAAGAACUUAUUCACAAAAUAGUUCAGCAGAAAAAUAAGCUCCAUAAGCUUCAUGUUAAAGGUACCGGUACCAAAAACCUCCAGUUUUCCUUGGUGAUGGAGAGACUGACUCCCACUGUACAGAACCCUGCAUUUGGAGAAUACGACUAUGUCUCAGACUCUGAUGAUGAAUGCGAGCCUCUAAAGAUAGCAAGCCAAGGCCGGCUGAAUCAAAGCAGUCGUUGUAAAUACACAUACACCAAAGAGUGCAAAUGGAGAGCACGAAGCGAGAGGGACCAGGCAGCGUGGCGACACGAGUCCAAGGAGUGUUUUGAGGUGAAAAAAAGUGAGGAAUUGUCCCUCUCGCCUGAGACACAUGGUUCUCACCAGAGACUUAGGAGGAGGGGUAGCAGGUCAUCCACAAGCAGUGAACUCAGCACAUCUGUGAGUUUUUCAAGUGAUAGUAUCAAUAGCCCCAAAAGCACUGAUCGCACCGACUCAGACUGUGAGAAGAAGACAGACAUCAAAAAGAAAGAGUCUUCAGAGCUGAAAACCUAUGAACGGUCCUCCCCACAGAAGCUAUGUAAAGAUUCCAGCACACUAGCACUGACAUUCACUAAAUCUGUCAGGAAGUCUAAUACUGACAAAGUCAUUCUUUCUGACAUCAAAGACGGUCCACAGGAUCCAAAGAAGGACCAAUCGAAUCCAGACGUUGGUAAUCCGGUGUCAUCCUCGCAAAAAGCAAAAGACACAACGAAAAACUUUGAAAAAAGCAGAAACUCUCAUACAAAAUCAAGAGAGAAGCCGGUGUCUCACAGAAAAGAAACCGGGCCAACGAUCGGUCCAGACACAAGCGCCCUACAGAGAGCUGACAAUAUGUGCCCCAAAGAAGAACCACCACAGAGUAGCAGCACAGAUAACAAGCAACUACAGUUUGAGUCACACUCUCCCACCAUCAGCAAAGAAACUGAUUUCAAUAUUGACACAAACACAGAGGGCGAUGGCAAAGAGGGGCCCGAAGACACGGCACCAGAGCUAUCAGACACUAGCACAUUUGAAAAACAGAGUGUCGGUGUCUGCAUGGUGAAAGAGGCUAUUCCUUUAGCGAAUGACCUAGACACACACAAGCCUGUUUCUCUUUGCACCUCAUUGUUGGAUGAGGUGUGCCUAUCUCCGACUGAAGGCCAGGGCCCAUUGAUACAAAAAGAUGCACUCCAUCUCAUGCCCUAUCCUCUGGAUCAGGAACAGGGGCUCAUGAAAUCCCCACUCUCAUUUGACACCUCGUCAAUGUUCGGGGACCUCACAGGAUUCGACAGUGGCCUUUACUCCGAUAUGCCAAUUCAGAAAGAGGGUUUCCAUUCAAUGGAGAACACAACUGACAAAAAGGAAGAAUUUGUGUCGUCCUUCUCUCCCUUUCUGGAACAUAGAGAGUGGAACAUUAUAGUUAGCCCGGUGCUACCAGAUGAGAUAUCUCAGUACAAAGACAACUCUGAGAAAUCAAAUGAAAAGAAACCAGAUUACAAUCAUGUCCCUUUGUCUCUGCCAGAAAAAAUAAUCGACUACGGCACAAAUCUCAACAGCUGUGCAUCAGAGGAUGAGCUGGAGAUAAAGAGAAUAGUGAAUGAGCUUGAAAACCAGCUGCAGACAACUAAGUUGGAAAGCCCACCGUUACUAGAUCAGGAUGUUCCCAAGCAGCUGCAAAUGAGCAAAUUUUCACCUUUACGACUGGGUGAUGAGUCAGAGAGUGAAGGCACUGGCCUGGAUAUGAGGUGCCCUGUGCAAACAAUAGAUGCGCCGGUGUCCAGAAUGCCCUCAGAGCCUUUCACGGAACCAGGACUCCCCUGGUCCAGUCCAUUCUCGUUUGAACUGAUGGGGGGACACCACUGUCCCCAUAGUCCACAUCACAAUGAACCGAGGGCACUCGACCCUUUUACUGGGAAAGACAAUGAUGCACAAAAUAUGAUCGCCACAGCCUCACAUAUUGAAAGCUCCGAGCUCCACCAUGACCAAAAGUCAGGGGAGAGAAGUACUGAAAAAGGGACUCAUUUAGAAACAAAGGAAGAUAUUUUAGAACAGAAGAGAUACACAGAAAACCUCAUGAAAAGCCUGGAGGUGAUUUCCGACUCUAUAUUCAAAAAAGAACCCAUUAUAUCGGAACACAAGGAGCUGAAUGUCACCUUUCUCACCAGUCAACAACAUCAAGGAAUUAAAUGUCAGGAAGCUGAUGCAUUCAAGAGAGGAGAUCACAGUGAAAAGGAAGCAAUUACUGAGAAGGAGAAUAUAUUAUCGCCUCCAAAUAUCAAUGAGCAGAAGGGUGAUAUUGAAUUCAUUCUGAAUGAGUCACAGUCGUCUCUCUCCAACAGCACUGACCCCACAGGCGAUGGAAACCAGCCAAUUGCAUCUCAGCCAAGUGACGCCUCGGAAAACGAUGAUAGUGAUGGUGAGACUAAAGUCACAUCAGAGGAGGAAAUCACUGAGGAGUCUGCCCACUGCUCAAGUGUGGGGACACACAACCCUCAUGCAGACUCCUGUUGGAACAGAAAUGCGGACAAAAAUUCAAAUCAGUCAUUUGAAAACAAUAGUGAUGGCCAAGAGUAUCUGACUACGGUUGGCAACGAGGGAGCAGAGGCAGUGAAGGGAAUCAUUGAUCAAUCUGGCAGCCGUCCUUCGUCACCAGCUCCACCUGACCCCAGUCUGAACAUUGGCAAGAAAAUGGCAGAUGUGAUGAAAACAGCUCUGCAAGAACAGUCCACUGAUAAUCAUGAUGAUCCCGGAGAAUUUAAUUCAUCAUAUGCCGGUGAAUUGGAAGUGGAGCAUUCAGAAGAUUUGAUCGAGGCAGUGGAAACAACAAAAAAAGAUCAUUUGAUUGGACUUUCUCCCUCCAGAACGUGUAGCCCUGCUCAGAUGUGCGGUGGAAGUCCAGCAACUGAUUUGUCAGCCGAGAGAGACACCACAGAAAAUAUCUGCAGUCCGACAGUAGUGGAGACCAAUACAGAGAGUCCUACUCACUGCUCAGCCUUCCAAGUCACCCAAUCCAUAGAGGCACAACACAACCUGUUGAUUCUUUCGCAGUCUGACGGCCACGUUGACGGUGAUUCCUGCGAAGUUACUCAAUUUAAUGACCCUCUGAAACCUGCAGCAGGUCUUGCCUUUGACAUCACUGAGAAACAAGAAGAGAUUUUACAUGUUCAGGACAUCAAAGAACAUCUUCCCAUCAAUUUCAUGGCAAGUCACCAAAACUCACCAUACACAGAGGAGGCGGAAGAAAGUCAUUGCCUUUUUCUAAACACUGCCCCAUCAAACAGUCCUCUUUUACCAACCUCUAUUCAAACACCCGUGCAGAAACUGGAGCUAGAAGACAAUUCAGGUCAGUCAAAAUUUAAAUGCAAUAAUGAGUCUGUUGAUGAAGGCUCAGGGGAAAAUGUGAACUCACCCUUGAACAGGGAUGAUAACCAAAGUGUCAGAGAGGCUCUACACAGCGAUGAACCACUGGGCAGAACAACUGAGAUGCAGUAUUCGUUGAUAAGCCCACCUCACCUGGACUUGGGAAUCACAGAGUGUAAAAUCUCCAGCUCUGAAACCACCAGUCCCUCUCCACUUCCUGUGACCAGCACAGCAGAACCACCAGAGGUGGAGAGAGACAGAGAUCCAAUGUAUGAUUUCAAGCUCAGCCCUCUCAACUACACCAGCAUCUCAGACGAACCGCCACAUCUGAAACAGUACGACUACAUACCAAUUUCACCGGCCAGUAAACCCGAAGACAAUGUGGACAUGAAGCAGAGUCCAAGAGAUGACGGUGAACCAUGUGACCUGAGCAUAAUCCCUGCACUGAUUUUUAACAAAAUUGACACAAAACUGAACACAGACACUACGGCUAAAAUGAAUGCAUCAGACGAACCACUGGUCCUUCAGCAGCAUAUACAAUUCACAUGUCUUUCAAUGGGUCUCCCAGCUGAAAACAAAAGCACAAAUUCCUCAGCUGGUAAUGUAAAGAAAGACUUGGACAUUUGCCAUGAUCCAGUUGAACCUAUUGAGCAAUUGCAUAUUUCUGCUGACAUGCUGAGAGAAGCUGAAUCAGUGAAUUUAGAUUCUCACAAGGCUUCUGCUGAGGACAGUACACUUCUCGGAAAAGACAUUUCAGAUGGUCCGCCCACUCCUACGCCACUGAUCAUUUGUGAAAAAGAAGAAGUGCCUCUUCCAGCAGACCCAUCAGAGGAGCAACCCACGAUAGAGACUGGCCAGUGUUCAACAACACACUCAGUACAAAAUGAAAUACCACAGAAAAAGACACAGAGCAACACGCAGCAGGGGAAAGUGCUCUGUGAAAUCUGCUUCAUGUGUUUCAGGACUGUGCCAGGGUUAAAGAGACAUAAGGCCAUGAAACAUUUGGUCAGAGCUGAAAAACACAUUGGCCAACAGAAAACAUCAAACCAUCAGGGGACUGUGCUUAUUUAUGAAGCGUCACAAACUACAGAGAAAGGACAUAAAGGUGAUUCACAGGCCCGUUACCUGCCAAAGAUGGACGGGCUGUCUGAGUCAAGUAACAUCCUCAUAUCUAAAGCAUCAGAGACUGAGUCAGUCCUGGAGGAGAAGGCAACUGAGACAAGUGCAGUUGCGGUGGAUGAAAUAGGCCAUCCAACCCCUCUGCUGCCAACAAAAUCAAAGAAGAACAACAAAGCUCGAAAGAACAAAAACAGCGAGGUAAACAUAAAGCCAGACCCUUUCUCUGAUGAGAUUCUGAAUAUACUAAAAACCGACAUAUUACAAGCUAUAACUCCUGAGUUCAAGAGCAGUGGAGGGCACUGCAAAUCUGCCGAGCACCAGGUGCAAAUCAAUGACAGGACAGUUACUGGAACAGAGGAAUUCCCUCAGACUGUUACUUCAAACUCUGGCUUUGACAAUGCAUCCGGGCCUCUAGCAAAAGAGACAAGUGCACUUAAUGAAACCGUGGAGAUAGAUCAAAUCACUCAUACAGUGGAAAUGAAAUGUACAAGCAUGACAGAGUUGGCAAACGGGGAAGUAUGUACUGAUGAUAAUGUGGAAAGUGCUACUUGUGCAGACAAGGAUAUAACCAGAGAACGUGAUGAGUCCAGAAAGACUCUGUGUCCUGUGGAGGAGGUGUGUGACCAGGAAGCAUCAGAAGAGAGCCUUGUCCAGGAGAUUCUUAGAAAGGUGGCAGUCGAGAUAAAGUGUGAGAAAAGCGGUGGCCCUUCAGACGACUUACAUCCUCUCUCCUGUUUAAAUUCAUCUCCCCAUAGUCCUCCUGGCUUAAGUUCUGAUCUGAAGGCCUUACUUGACGACGACACCACGUUCUCACAGCUCUUCCCCAGAGAUGAGGAGGCCAAAAGGAAAAAGAGCCCGAGGGUGUACAGCAAAAGAAACAAAAGACAGAAGCUAUCGCCCGACUCAAGUGUGACUCCGGAUUUCCCUUCAUCAGAAACCUUCGUGCAAAAUAAAGAUCAGUACGUGGAAAACCCAGCCGAGCAGACUUUCACUGACGAUCAAACCAACCACUGUGAAUACGAGACAAUAUCUAUUGAUGAUGCCAUCAUGUUAAAUAUGUGCCACAACAACACAUUGAAGGCUGAUGCCAAGCCACUGUUGGAUGUCAAACAAAAAGAUCAGAAGGAUGUUCCUGAGGAGAUUGAAAAGCCUGGCAGCCAUCUCUUGAAUCCACUUGAGAGCACCAUUGAUAAAUCCACCAUUGAAUGGAGUGGCACCUCUGACUUCGCUGGCUUUGAUGCCGACACGAAUGUGACCUCUGACCCCAGCACCUGUAAACCAGAAGUGCCAACCACGCCGUGCCCCUUGCCCCAACCUGCCGCCCCUUAUCCUGUGGAGCCGCGUGUCACGGAGAAUGCCCAAACCUUCCACAGCAUCGACAUCCAAAGCAUCAACACCACAUUUCAACUUCCUGAGGUUCAGUUCUUUGACUCCAACGACAUCUCAGUGUCUCCUAGUGUUGCAAUUGUUGACGUGGAAAGCAGAGAUGAUGAAAAGUCCAAGAAGGUCACAGAGCGGCGAGGCAGGAAGCGGCAAGACGGUGGAAUGAAGGUCAAAGAUAAGCAGUACAAAUGCAAAGUGUGCUUCACUUGGUUCCUCACCCUAGGUGAGCUCAACUUUCACAAGUUAUCCCACAACCCCUCCCCACCUCCAACCUGCUACAUGUGUGUGCAGCGCAAAUUCAGCUCCAGGGAGCAACUGAGAGACCAUUUGAGGGAGAAACACGCCAAGAACAAGACAGGUAUCUGGACCUGUGGAAUGUGCUUGAAGGAGAUAUCAGAUGUGUGGAUGUACAAUGAACAUUUACGAGAACACGCCACCCAGUUUGCCCGGAGAGGUCAGAGUCAAGGUUCCAUAUUAGACAUUCCAGGCUGCUUCAUGCAGGAGACCGCCGUGAAGAACUUUAUCACCUCCAUCAUGCAGCACCGCCCCAGCAGAGCUGUCAGAGAGUCCAGCAAAGCCACUAAAGAACAGGAAAAAGCUGUUGCUGCAGACAACGCCGCGGGAGGGGUGAAAACCUCAGAGGGGGCCGAACCAAAAGUUCACAAAAGUAAAAGCAGCAGUGGAGCGGGCGUGAAGCAGAGCACGUUAACCCCUCUUGAGGUCCUCCACAACACGGAGACGUCGAAAAGUGUGGAGAUGCAUCCCAACUGCAAAGACCCCUCUAGAGACUGCCACCACUGUGGGAAACAAUUCCCCAAGCCAUUCAAACUCCAGAGACAUUUAGUGGUUCACAAUUUGGAAAAGAUUUUCCUGUGUCACAAAUGCCCCGUCUCUUAUCAGGACGCCCGGGCGCUUAAAGACCACCUGAAGAGAGCACACGAAGAGGUGCACGAGCCAGAUUCAAAACACACCACGCUUUACACCUGCGAGCUCUGCGCUGACGUCAUGCAUGUGAUUAAAAAAUCCUUCAUCUGCAGCACCUGUAACUACACCUUCUCUAAAAAGGAACAGUUUGAUCGACACAUGGAAAAGCACCUGUCUGGUGGGAACAAAAUUUUCAAAUUCCGAGGCGUUCUCCGGCCUGUCAAAGCAUCUGCAUCCAAUGAAGAUGAAUGUGAUUCGCCUGCGAGUAAGAAGAGGAGAAUUCUCUCUGACAGUCUGCAAGAAAGCAGCUCAGACAGUGGAAUUGCUAGUUUAAGCUCAAUGCACUCGAAUCAAAACGCUGAACUACAGUCUUCAAAACCCUCUGUGUUCACAGCAGACGACUCCACACAGACCAACGCAAAUGAAUACCACGGUGACGCGAACAAGGCCAGUGUGAAGACUGAGGACAUGGUGGAGGACUACUCUGAACUACUUGUGGAGCUUGAGAAAUGUAUUCACAUGGGCUCGUCGGAGUCUGCUACACCCAAGAAGGAGGACAUUGACCCAACUCCCUCACCUAAUCCUGAUAAAGAGGGGAAUGGAAAUUCACCGUCUGAACCAUGUGACGUGAAAGAGGAGAACGAGUCAGUCUGCAUCAGGGCGGAGACAACGAAAGAGAGCAGUGGUGUGGGCGAGAUUAUUAAAGCUAAGGGAGGCUCAGCUGAAGCUGACACAGCCGAGAUGGAAGUAAAAACAGAUUUGCCUCCCCCUAGUGAGGAGUCUUCUGUCGGUUUAGGAGAAAAUCAAAUUGUUUCAAAGACACCAGCAAAGCAUGAAUUAGCACAUGAUGUGAUGGACAGGCAGAGGGAGGACGAGCAGUGGCAGCACACGUCAAAAAAUAAUGACAGCAAACAGCAGACUUCUUUUCAUGGCGCUGAGCAAGAAGGUAGGAGUCAGAUGAAAGACAAAGCUGCCAAAACAAAUGACAACACUAGAUACAGCACCACGACGAGCAGCUCCAGGGCUCCAGAAUCAACACCCGUCCUCCACUCCAAGGUUUCCCUCAGCACCUCCGUCUCAAACGAGGACAAAGAAUAUCUGAGACCGCAGAAGAAGAGGAAGGACAUGAAAUCCCCUCACAGCCUGCAAAGGGUUUCCUCUCCAGCUACACAGGAGAACUAUGGCGUUGACUCUCGGGCCAAAAAGAAAUUUCACCCCAGCAAGUGUACGAAUCCCUCUCUGCAAAGAAAGUCGGACGGACCCAGCGACUACCCCGUGCUCUCCUCAGUGCGGGACGACGUUGUGAGCAACAAAAUAGUCUCCAAGUCCAAGACUGCAAACUUGGGGUUGCAGGCGAAACGAAGUUUACUUGAUAGCUGUACUCCAAAGAAAGCUGAUAUUGUCAACCCUCUAAAUGGGGAUUACAAAGCCAAGAAGGGAUCUCUGGGGCGACCUUUGCAUCCCCCUAUUUCUAAAGUGUCCUCAGUUCCCAUGAACAAUACUUUGAACAAAUCUAGGCCAAAGAUGGGGGUUAGGUCAAUGGAGAGCCAUUCCUACCGGACAGCGGAGUCCCAGAACCACCUCUUAAGCCAGCUGUUUGGCCAAAAACUCACUAGCUUUAAGAUUCCGUUAAGGAAGGACACGUCCGAAUCUAUUAACUGAGUGUGGUUUGAGGGAUCUGUGAAUAAGAGACUGUAAAUGUUCAAGACAACUGAUUAUGGUGAAUGAGAUUGCACAGCUGUUUUUCUGUGAAAUGCUAUCUUUAAAUACUUACAUAGUCACUUUAUGUCUUCUUUGUACAUUUUUUAGUAUGCAAAUGUGAGGAUGAAUGGCAGAUAUGAAUUUUGGGUCAAAAAUGACUAUGCUAUUUGGGAAAAUCAAUGAACUAUUCUGCUUUUCCCUAUGUUGGAUUUUUAUCCAUUUCAGAGAUUAUAUUUCAUAUAACUAAAGGAGAGAAAAAAAGAAUACUUGAAAAUACAGUAGAAUAUGUUCCUCUAAGAAAUGCAUGUUCAUUUUGCAUUCAUUAUAUGAUUUUAUCAGUUUAAGUCUUUUGCAAAUGACGUCAUAACUGACCUGGACUGUUGUCUGUGCACCUUUCGUAAAUGCUUCCAACAUAUUCAUUUUGUAUAAUUUUUUUUUAACUUUACUGUACUGCAUCGACAUCGAUCAUUUUAGCCUUUUGUAUAAACAUUACCUGGUGCUACAUUGUGUUUUAUUGUAAUGUGAACGCCAAUGUCCUCAGAAGGGAACAUGAGAUCUGUAGCAGUUACACUACAUUCAUCCAAAUGAUUUUACUGGUUCUCUAUUGUUUAUUACAGAUACUGUGUAAGCCAUCCAAGUGCUUCAAAUGUAGACUGAUAAAACACAAAAUUAGGAAAGCUUCCAAAGCUCCUUGGAUAAACUCAGGUGCAUACAUGGACGUCACAGUCCCAAGACCUGUAUUCAGAGUUCUUCCCAUGCACUGAUAAUACCACACGCCAAUCAAAAACUCAAUCAUUUGUGUCUGUAACUCCUCAGACAACUGUUUAUUAUGAAUAGUAUUUACUAGGACAAAAAACGGUGCUUUAUCCUGUUUAUACUGUAUGUAUCUUACAUUGUAUAAUAUUGUAGGUAGAUUGUUGUUUUGUGUAAUGCUUCAUGUCAAAGUUUUAUUUUAAUAAUGUGCAAAAAGAAUCAGAGAAGAAAGGGAAAUGCAGUGCCUCUUGCAAGUUGUAAAGUGGUUCACUAAGUGCAUCUUUUAUAGUUGGUUAUUAAAGAUCUGUAUUGCUCUCU